GCUGCCCUCUUCCCGCUGGAGCUGCGCCGGGAGCCGCGGAGCCAGCGCAGUUCGCCAGGUAGAGAGAUGCCUGGGCAUCAGCAGCUCUCGGCAGCAUGCUGAGGAGACGUAACCUGCUUACCACGCUCCUGAUCGCCUUGCCAUGGGCUCUUCUCCUAACCUUGUGGCAUCAGUACCCAACCACCCGCUACCUCAGUCUCCUGAGAAAAGAUACAGAUGAGAAUGUGACCUCUAAAGCUCUUGUCAAUGGCACCUCAGCACUGAGGGAGGAAGGCUUCCCAUCAUGCAUUCGGCAGCAGAGCUUGGUGGCAACGCCUAAAGUCAUCCAGAAUUAUGUGUACUCCAGGCCUCCCCCAUGGUCAGACACCUUGCCAACCAUCUUCGUUAUCACUCCUACCUACACCCGGCCAGUGCAAAAAGCCGAGCUGACCCGAUUAGCCAACACCUUCCUACACGUACAGAACCUACACUGGGUGGUGGUGGAGGACUCGCCCCGGAGGACCAACCUGGUAUCCAACCUGCUGGAGAAGGCAGGACUUAACUUCACCCACCUCAAUGUGGAGACCCCCAAGAGUCUGAAGCUGGGCCUGUCCUGGAUCCCAUCSCAUACCCCAAGGGGGACAUUACAGAGGAACCUGGGGCUGCACUGGCUGAGGAACAGCUUCAGCAACUCUGCACCACCAGAAGGGGUAGUGUAUUUUGCAGACGAUGAUAACACCUACAGCCUGGAGCUCUUUGAAGAGAUGCGCUACACAAGGAGAGUGUCAGUCUGGCCAGUGGCUUUCGUUGGUGGCCUGCGUUAUGAAUCCCCAAAAGUGAGCCCUGAAGGGAAGGUGGUGGGCUGGAAAACCGUCUUUGACCCAAACCGACCCUUCGCUAUUGACAUGGCUGGAUUUGCCAUCAGCAUCAAGCUAAUCUUGGAGAAGCCUCAAGCCAGUUUCAAGUUGGAAGGAGUCAAAGGAGGCUACCAAGAAACCAGUUUGCUGAAGGACCUGGUGACUAUGGAUGGGUUGGAGCCGAAAGCAGCCAACUGUACAAAGGUGCUGGUCUGGCACACAAGAACUGAGAGACCUACUUUGGUUAAUGAAGGUAAACGUGGAUUUACAGACCCCAGAGUAGAGGUGUAAGCGGAGAGCCAGCUCCAAGGCACAAGGCACCGUUGGUUCCACGGGUUCAUCAGCAGCCACAACAGCUGUGUACACUGCCUGUUGGAGGAUGAUAAACACCCCAAAUGGGGCCAUGUCCAGCAGCCACCUCUGCCCCAAAGUGUGGUAGCAAACAGGAAGAGAGCUGACGUGGUGCCCUGCAAUCCUACACAUCUUUACCUUUGACUUCAUGCACUGGCUCCUGUUUCCCAUUGGGAAGAGGAGUGCUUCCCUUCCCCCAUGGGCCUUGCCUUCAUUCAUCAAACAGGACAUUUAUUAGACAUGAUCUUUGUUCUCCGUUGUGCCGGUGUACGGGCUGACAGAUGGGCUGGCUGUGGGAUUCCUGAAGAUCUCUAUGGGCAGCUCAUGCAUCUGUAGCGUACAACUGUGUCGGGCUACAAUGAUUCAGGGGCCAGAGUUGCCACAUCUGUCAGUCAGCCUGAGAAUGGGAUGCUCUCAAAGCAGCUCAAAAACAAAGGUAAACUAGGAGAGACUCUCCCUCGGAAGGAUACGUGCAGAUGUCUACAUGGCACAGCCUUUGUUUUGGGGAGAGCAUGUGCGGAAGCACCCCAUUCUCAGUACGGCACCUCAGAACGGUUUGUAGGGACCGAGUAGGGAUCUGGUGCUCACGCCUCCUCAGCUUGUCGCUUCAGCUGGGAAUGGAACUGCCCUAAAUUAUGGUAGUUUUGCAAAAUGCCAUACCAGAUCCGCGGCCCCCACCCCUGCAGCCAUAGCGUACCUCAAAGGCCACGCCUCCAUGUGUCACCGGAGAGACAGGAGAGCAGGAAAAAAAGAUGGGUGGACUUGGAAGGUUUGAUUCUAGCCUGGCGCCCCCUGACAGCAGCGCCAUGAGGCACUUCAGCAGCAUCAGAUCAGAUAUAUAGCAUUGUGUCCUCGAUUCCCACAGACAGGGGCACCUCUCUGGAGCAGAGGUGGGUGAGAAGCGCUCAGAGAAGCGGAACCCUGAGCCUGCGCUCAUCUCCUGUGAGACCAGCAAGGAACUUGGGAUGACACCAACAAGAAACUCUUCUUGAGCACCAUGAAUGACAACUGAAGAAGCAAAUGUGACAGGGCUUUUCAGGUGAACUUGAAAAGGCAUGUUUGGAUGGCCCUGGGAACACCAUCAUCCAGAACAAUUUCCUUUUCCCGUGAUAAAACAGGGGGACGGUGAAGGUAAAGGUGGCCCACAAAGCAGGAGGCAGCAAAUAAGGAUGGGACGAUACACUGGAUUAAAAGCACAAUUGGUUGUAUCAUGUAGAGAGGGGCAGGUGUCGCUCCAGCUUCCAGCUUGAAUGACCCAGAAACCCCUCUAAGCACAUCUGGAAAACCAUCUUCACUCAAGCCAUGAGAAAAAAGGCUUUCGGCUAUUAAAACACAUUGAGAAUUGUUAUAGCUGGAGGAAAGUUAUAAGUAAUUGAACCCAAGAAAAUCUGYGCUGGCAGGAGACUUAUUUAUUUGAUGAUUAAUUUAUACAAUUCUUUUCUGCCUAUUCCUUGAUUUGUUUUGCAUUUUAGCUUAGCUCAUCUAGCAUAUUCAUGAAGAAUAUUUCCCACCAAAUUCUCGCAGGAGAAGAGCAGAACUCUGCGUUCACUGCUGAAUGUUACAUUUUUCACCUUCCCUGGGAUUUCUUUACAAUGGCAUUUUAAGAGGGCAAAAUAAUCAGAAAUGCAGCAAGGAGGUGAGCCCAGCGAGGGAAACUACUAUUCCUUUGUGCAAGGGACAUGGGUGGCACUGGGUUUCCGGCUCCCGAGCAGUUGUAGCAAGGAGAAAAGGUGCAAAGGGCUGCCCUGCUCAGCAGACAGGCCCCACAGGAUCUGGGGAAGCUUCCAAGAGGGCCCUUCAAAGGGUACCUGAGAGGACAGGUUCAUGCACCCUUGUGUGGAAUGAGCAGCAGCACAUCCUGCUACGGGAAGGAGGUUAGAGCACGAGAAGGGGCGUAAGGUGCAACCCCUUAGGGAAGAAAUGGGACCACGGGCAGCAAACAGAGCAAUGGAGGCUGCCCCUAAUUUAUGUGCAGUGGGGCUCAGGCCGGAGAUAAGCACAUCCAGGAGAAAAAGCUACCUGGCCAGACACGUCAGCAUGAAGGAAAACUAAAUGUGCCACGAAAACUGUCUUCUCUGGACCUUAGAAAAUAGUCCUUACUGUUUUUUACAAGGGCUUGGCAUGUGGGAACUGGACAGCAGGAAGGAAGCCUGGCUUCUAUAAAUUAUUUUUUCUUCCUCAUUUGUCAGAGCUUUCUGUCCCAACCUCUGCAUAAGGUAACAGGCUUUGCCCACCCAUCCCUGCCAGCUGUCAGGGUCACUGAUCCCCCCUUCCAAUUCCCACAUUAAAAUAAGACCACAACCUUUUUAGUGAAUUUAAUGAAUGAGCAACAGAGAAGGAAUAAAGGAGUUAUUUAGGAUCUUGCCUUUUCCCCUCUGAGAUAGGUAAGGAUACUGCCUGUAUGAAAAGCAGGGGAGGUGGUGACCGAUGCCUUGACCUUUAAGCCAACUUUAUUUUGAUUUUCAUACAGGUCCUAUGUAGUUUCAGCAUUACCAGUGUAAGUUUGUAGCAAAGGCCUAUUGCCAUUGUAAAGGAUAUCCCCCACCACAUGCUUUUUACGGAUUUCUUCUCUCUGUAUUCCGUUAAGAAAGUGAAAUUGUUAUUCCUAUUUUUUUCCCGCUGGGAACUUGUAUUCCCAUGAGCUGUGCUACACUGCUAGCUCUGUAGUCUGCUCUCAGGGCUAGACCCUUUAACACUAUUUCCAAUCUUGACCCGGCCUGACCCUGGAGGAGCGCAGGACAGGAAACUCUGAGAAGCAAGAAGUUAAUCACUCCUUAAGUUGUGCAGACCCAAAACCUUGUAUGGGCAGUGGGGAUCUACACAACUACUCUUCCAGGCUGGCAGACAUUUCGACAUGUGUUCAGCACAAAUGCUCCUUUGUAGCGCAGAGUCAGGACAGCAAAGACUAUGGCCAGACGAGAUGCUUCAGCUAAGCGCAGAUGAGCAAGAAGUAUCACAAGUUAAGCUGAGCUUGGUGGGAGAGCCCACGAAUGGAGCAGCAGUGAGAACCAUAGGCAUAAGGGUAAGCAAAUACAGGGGUACAGUAGGGAGGGAAGCUGCAGAUCAACACUAAGGUGUUCAAAAUGAAAGAAGGCAUCACAGCUCCUGUUUUUACUAGCACAUAAGUGUCUGAUAUUCAUGUUCUCUCAGUUCCACCCAAUUCACAAACCAAUGAAGACUACUAACAUUUCCUGUUGCAGAAAAUACUACUGAUAAGGGAAAGAGAAGGUCAAGGAAGUAAUUUUUAAUGGUUAUUUAUUUAUAUUGAAUGGUACUAGAACGUUAUUAAAUAUCAUGUAAAUAGUACAACAUGGCACCAUUGUCUGUCUUGCAGUGUAAGUGCUUUUCCAAGAAAACAGUGGACUCUGUAAUGAAGAAUGUUAUCGGUUUUAACUGUGCUCCUUUCAAGGUUAUUCUCCCCACCCUUCCUCUGACCUAAAUACUACACAGGCAAUUUAAGCAAAAACACUUCAGUUCCAUGGCAUGGGAAGAGGUUGCUGGCAUUAUGGAGGUGAAGGAAGGAGGCAGAAGGGAACUGAGUAUUUUGUCUAAACUGCACAGUCCCAUCUCUAGCCACUAUCUAUCAUUCGAGUAACGUGGUGACAAUCCAAGACUACCCUAUAAAAGUGCUGAUCAAAACUCAGAAGUGGGCAGUGGCCAAAACGUAGGGCAUUUCUCCAUCACAAGGGUCUUAAUGAAGUGACAAGCCCUAUGGCUCCAUCACACCAAAACCAGGCUGCUGCUGCUGACAGGGGGCAAAGACUACAUAAUUUCUUCUGGGUAACACCAACCAAAAACAUCCUUUGGUAAAAAAAACAUCCUUUUGGUAAACAUCCACUGAAAGGGUAAGAAAGAAUAGGCUAAGGCAUUACAACGUCUUGUCUUCCUAAUGAACUGCACAGUGUUACCAGUUCUUGCUCCUGCUGGUCCCCAGCAAGCUAUGAUCCACUAGAAAAAGUGCAUGAGCCCUCCCCUGAGCACCAGAUGUCAACGGGAUCAGAGAGAUCCCAUGGCUGGUAUCCCAUGGCUGAUCUCUUGAUCAUUACUGCUCUUUCCAGACAGGCGGAAAAUGGUUAGGCCUAUUUGAUGGGACCUCACUGUGGGCUAAUCCAUGAACCUGGAGAAACUAGGAGACUGAGGUCCUGUUUCUAAUGCUGUCACUAAUGCUGUAUUCUGUCAUUGGACCAACAUACAGGCCAGCGACUAUUUCUAAAUGCCUUUUUUUCUUCUUCUUUUUUUUUUUCCCCAAACUUAUCCCUCAGAAAAACUGAAGCACUUUUAAGAGUCUUUUGAGGAAGCUUUGCAAAGAAUUUAGGAUAUGAGAUGACAGGUGAAAUCUAUGCCUCCUUAUGUCAUAAAUAUCACAUUUGAAAGGUACCAUUUAAGGUGCAAUAUGGGGUAGACAAGCAAAGGCUCUGAGAAAGGCUGAGGAAAAAACUGCAAUGCCUCAAGGUACCUGAAAUCUCCACUCUGCUUGAAAACGCAGUUACACCACAAAAACCAGGGACAGCUCUGCUUGGCGACAGUGGCAGGAGGCCUCUCGAGUGCCUUUGGCAAGGAUUUUCAUUGCUAUCAUCUUCCUUGAUCCUUAAUAGAAACCCUGAGGCUGUGGAGAGCGGCAGGUAGGUAACACUGCCCGACACUGCUUGGCCGCCCUGCUCUCUUC